AUGUCAGGAACAUACUCAUCAAGUGGCUUGUCAGACAAGUAUGCUGUAACUGGUGAGGCAGCGCAGCACGUCUACCCAGAGGUCGCGACUCAUAACCCGCCGGGAAUUCCCAAGUCAGCAUUGCCUCAAGCAAUCAUCUCGGAACCGCAGCACGAUCAAUACCAAUACCAACAUCAGAAUGGAUACGUGCCACCAGAGGCUGUGGCAGAGCCGUCGCCGCCGUUGGGCAAGCGGAACCCGUGGGGUCUAUCACCUUUGACAUUUGGACUCCUCGUCGCCACGAUAACUGCUCUCGUCGUCGGCGGCGCCGUCGGAGGAGGUGUGGCAGGUGCCAUGUCGGGUCAAGACUCGGAUUCGAACUCGGAGUCAAAUGCAGCUCUUCAACGUGUCAGCGUACCCACAGCCACCAUAACCAUCACGGCUUCAGCAGACGGUGGCACCGGCAGCGUGACCGGUACGUCCUCGACGUCGACCCCUUCACCCUCCUCCCUCCAAAACUACGUGGUCGCCGAACCCUACUUCGUCGGGAGCCUCGAAUAUCCCGACUGCAACACCGACACCCAGGUGAUCACGACGAGCAAGUACUCCCGACUCUUCACGCUCUACUGCGGCAUCGACAUGGGCAGCUCGACGCCGGACGACACGAAUCCGGACCUCACCGUCGCCGACUACGUCGCCCUGUUCGCCUACACCGUCACAGACUGCCUGUACGCAUGUUCCAACAUGGUCUACUUCGCGGAUCGCUGGGGCCAAGACAGCCAGCACAGCUGCAAGGGUGUCACAUGGAAUGGCGCAAUGGCGGCCAGCAAUACGUCGGACUUUGCGAAUUGCUGGCUGAAGAACGGCACGCACACACAGGAGGUCAGGCAGUGCAAUACUUGUGUCAGUGCCGCAUUGUCGACGUGA